GCGGUGCUUGUGAUUGAUCCCCCUGCGAUCCUGUCCUCUGGUUCAAAUUGAAACACCCUCAACUCUACUGUUGUCAUCCUUUCCUCUCGCCUUCAUCUUCCUGGGACUGCGUCUCACUUUUCUUUCUUUUUCCUCUUUCUCUUCGUCUUCUGUUCUACCACUCCACGUUCUUUUUCUUCGCCAGCCACCAAUCUUGCGACUGGAUCGCCUCGAGCUAAUAUGUCUCUCAAAGCUGAACUCGAAACCUGGGCUGCAGCUCUCAAGGCGUAUGAUGAGGAAGAUUUUGAAAAAGCUUUGGAUCUCUUCUCUCGCAUUGCUGAUUCGUCAAAAAUCUUGACAAACAUGGGUCUCAUUUACGCUACCCUCGGCGAACACGAAGCCGCUGUGGAGAAGUUCAUAGAGGCUACCGCUCUGGAUUCCUAUCUGGCUGUGGCAUACUUUCAAUGCGGAGUCUCUAAUUUCUUGCUAGCUCGAUAUGACUUGGCAUACAAAGACUUUGAGGAGGCACUACUUUAUUUGAGAGGAAAUCAGGCCAUAAAUUACGAACAACUAGGUCUUAAAUUUAGAUUAUUCUCUGCCGAAGUCUUGUUCAAUAAAGGCCUCUCGCAAAUCUACAUGGGACGAACGGACGAAGGCUUGGCGGACAUGCAGGAAGCGAAGACGGAGAAAGCAACUGAUGAACAUAAUGUGAUAGAUGAUGCAAUGGCAGACAGGGGUGAAGGUUAUACUGUCUUCAGUAUUCCGGUCGGUGUCCUUUACCGUCCCCCUGAGAAGAAAUUGAAGAAUGUCGCUGCCAAAAGCUACAUGGGCAAACCUGUCCUGAUUGCUGCUAGUGAUGCCAGAGACGUAACAACCGGUUUUUCCGGUAUCAACAACCUUAGACAGGGUGUGACUCCCCUGGGCGUUUUCAUCGACCCCUUAGAGCAAGAGAAAGGUAGUUUGGGUCGUAGCCAGACGGUACCGCCUCAAUCUACCAAACGCGAUGACGAUGCACGACCAGCCGACCUUUCUCGGUCCAAGACAACUCUCAGCGUUCCCACAAAUGCUCGUGAACGAACUUCACCUAUCACUGAGUCCCCUUCUGCAUCUAUCAACAGGAGUAACACGACCUCGACCGUCAGAGGUGCGGGCAUGGGUGGCCCCGUUCGCGGGCUCAGCGUCAAGAAACAAGCUUCCCCUAUAACAACCAAUGUACCUCCCCCGCCACAAAAAGAAGACAGGAGCCCGAGAGAGAACACAAGUAACCGAGUCACUGAAUUCUAUGACGAUUACCUCGACUCUUACGGAGCUUCCGAUGAACCUCCACCACCACCCCCUAUGCCUGUCAUGCCUUCCGGACCUGACCGUGUUGCUGCUUGGGCACGGUCAAAUGCGAAUCCUAAUGCUGGCUACCCCCCACCAACGAGAAACGGGUCACGUAGCGCACCGGGUAGUAGUUAUGCCCCAAGCUCUUAUGGAGGACCGACCGUCAGGCGUAAGCUUACCAGACGUAAUACCAGCAGUGCUCGAAGCCGUAUUACCAGCGCUUAUGAGGAGGAAGAGGAAGGUUAUGUUAGUGGCGAUUAUGAUGAUGGUCCGUUUGAACUUGUCAAGAUCAGAGUCAAGCUUCACUACAGGGAUGACGUUCGGGGAAUGGCUUUGACACCCGAAACACCCUUUGAAGAGUUCAUGGACAAAGUGACGACUAAAUUUGGACGAUCAUUCGAUGGUUUAGGGCUCAAGUUCACGGAUGAGGAUGGAGGCAAAGUAACGCUUGCUGACGAGUCUGACUAUGAGCUCGCCAUUGAGACUGCUCGUGAGAGCUCAAGGGGCAAGCCAGAGGGAAAGCUUGAAAUUUGGUGCUCCGACGUUUAGAUACGGAAGAGAAAGAUCUCUUAUGUUGUUGUCUGGUUUUUGUCUCUUGGGAUUAUACUGGUUCGAUUUUACUUUCUCCUUGCACUUGCUGAUACCAAUUUCUGAUAUCGUCUAUACAACUUUUUUUUUUUGCUACCGUCAGCCUCUUGCAUCUACAUACCCGCGAAAUACGUACACGCGGCCGCCUUGUUUUGUUUUUUUUCCCCCCGUGUUUACAAUAUCUCAAAUCUAUAUGACCU